AUGAACACCAACGACGCCAAGGAGUACCUGGCCCGGAGGGACAUUCCUCAGCUUUUCGAGAGCCUUUUGAAUGGCUUGAUGUGUUCCAAGCCUGAAGACCCCAUAGAGUACUUGGAAAGUUGUUUACAGAAAGUCAAGGAGCUAGGAGGCUGUGACAAGGUGAAGUGGGACACAUUCGUCAGCCAGGAAAAGAAGACAUUACCCCCGCUGAAUGGAGGACAAUCUCGGAGAUCCUUCCUCAGAAAUGUAAUGCCUGAAAACUCAAACUUUCCUUAUCGACGAUAUGACCGGCUCCCUCCCAUCCACCAGUUCUCCAUAGAAAGUGACACGGACCUGUCUGAGACCGCAGAGCUGAUAGAAGAGUAUGAGGUUUUUGACCCAACGAGACCUCGACCCAAAGUCAUCCUCGUCAUAGGUGGUCCAGGAAGCGGAAAGGGCACUCAGAGUUUGAAAAUUGCAGAGCGAUACGGAUUCCAGUACAUUUCAGUGGGAGAAUUAUUGAGGAAGAAAAUCCACAGUGCCAGCAGCAACAGAAAAUGGAGUCUGAUCGCCAAGAUAAUUACCAACGGGGAGCUGGCCCCACAGGAGACAACGAUUACCGAGAUAAAACAAAAACUGAUGCAAAUACCUGAUGAAGAAGGCAUUGUUAUUGAUGGGUUCCCACGAGAUGUUGCCCAGGCUCUAUCUUUUGAGGACCAGAUCUGCACCCCUGACCUGGUGGUGUUCCUGGCUUGUGCCAACCAGAGGCUCAAAGAGAGAUUAGUGAAGCGUGCAGAGCAACAGGGACGGCCUGAUGACAAUCUCAAAGCCACCCAGAGGAGACUAGUAAACUUCAAGCAGAACGCUGCCCCGCUGGUGAAAUACUUCCAGGAGAAAGGACUCAUCAUGACUUUUGAUGCUGACCGAGAUGAAGAUGCCGUGUUCUAUGACAUCAGUGUGGCAGUCGACAACAAGCUGUUUCCAAACAAGGAGGCUGCGACAGAUUCAACUGACCUUGACCCUUCGAUGAUGUUUGAUGCUGGAGAGAUCGUUGACACAGGAUCAGAUUAUGAUGAUCAGGGUGACGAUCAACUAAAUGUGUUUGGAGAGGACACCAUGGGAGGCUUAAUGGAGGAUUUGAGAAAAUGUAAAAUUAUUUUCCUGAUGGGUGGCCCUGGCUCUGGCAAAGGCACCCAGUGCAAGAAACUGGCAGAAAAAUAUGGAUUCACUCAUCUCUCCACUGGCGAGCUCCUGCGCCAGGAACUGGCCUCAGAGUCAGAAAGAAGCAAACUGAUCCGUGACAUCAUGGAGCGUGGAGACCUGGUGCCCUCGGGUGUCAUCCUGGAGCUGCUGAAGGAGACCAUGGUGGCCAGCCUGGGCAACACCAAGGGCUUCCUGAUUGACGGCUACCCCCGAGAAGUAAAGCAGGGGGAAGAGUUUGGACGAAGGAUUGGAAACCCACACUUGGUGAUCUGCAUGGACUGCUCAGCAGACACCAUGACCAACCGCCUUCUGCAGAGAAGCCAGAGCAGCCAGCGUGGGGAGGACACUGCCAAGACCAUUGCCAAGCGCCUGGAGGCCUACCACCGAGCGUCCAUCCCCGUCAUCGCCUACUAUGAGACAAAAACACCACUACAGAAGGUCAACGCAGAGGGAACACCUGAUCAGGUUUUUCUUCAGCUCUGUACAGCUAUUGACUCUGUUUUCUGAAGGAGAAAAUACGCAACUGCUAAGAAAAGUAGCGACAGAAAAAUGAAAUUCACCCCUUCAUGAACACACUUCUCUUUGUCCUCACCAUCCCAGCAGGCUGUUUCCUUCCCAGCUCAACUCAUGGGAGUUAUCUGGAAGCCAUGCAUGGUAUCUCUGGGACCUUCCACCUCUUCCUCCUGUAGACAACCAUCCCCUUUGGUAUGGUACACUUGUUUUUCUGUCACCAGGCUGUACCUCAGAGCAAAGUCAGGAUGGAAAGAGCAGUGUGGGAUCUGUUUGUGCUAGGUGUGGCCCAGGGCCAGCUGAAGUCUGAUCCAUCACACAGGAAGAACAGAUCAGUUUCCUUCUCACCCAUUUAUUUGUUCCUCCCGAAUAUGGGUCCUUAGCAUGGGGGCAAGCUUGGACACGUCAUCCUGUACUGGCUCUGCUUCUCCAGUUCCACCCAUGAAGGGUCCAGAGCUCUGGUGGAACCUUUAACUGCCCUGUGGCGCAGAGGCACCACACCAGUAGUACUUGACAGAAAUGUUUCAAAAUAAGACACUGUCCAGCUUCUCUAAGGGAGCACAACAGGGCAAUCAGUACUAUCCAUUUUUGGGAAGCUACAUGGAGCAGUGUAAUAAAAGCUAACACAUCUGA